AAAUCAUCAUCCUGUUUCCUGCGUGUACCAUCCGUCGUAAAAAGAGAAAGGCUUCACGUUCAACGAGCAUAUUUAGUACGAGCAAUCAAUUACAAAGUAAUGCUUUUGGUCUGCGAAACUGUAUAUUGGAUGGGAUUCUCAGAACAUCUUUUUAAUGUUACGAACUCAAGACGAACCAAGUGAGAUUUUCCCUUUGCUGCUAUUUUGCUGAGGGACCUCAAAGGAUACUCAACCCAGUGACUAUGUCUACCUUUACGGCUGAGCAACUCAACUUUUUCAAAUUCAGUGCCAUCAUUGUUGACGAAUUUCCAAAUGCUUUGCGACACGCAUUUGUUAACAUGUGGGACACUUUACAUGGCCAUACUCCAGGUUGCAAACUGUGGGACGAUUCCCCCGAUGUUCGAGGGAUGUUCCUCAGUAAAGAAGGUGGGAUGACCAAGGUUCCAACUGAUCUAUCUUUUAAAAAGUGGGACUGCACAGCUCUUCUGCAGGCCACCCUGUUUGCAAAAAGCUUUUCGAGGGUAUACUGCGAUGGAAUCGCUCGUAAUUUGAGUGAUAAGUAUGUAAAACCCCGUGGGAUUUCUGGCGGAUCCUUUCAUCCAUCUGUUCAAAGCCCAUACGGAGACGAUGCAGAAACAUUUGCGUUAGCACUAGAUCAACUCCGCUUGCUACGCAAUACCCUCUUCCACUCGACUGGUACGGGAACUAUUGAUAAAACAACAUUUGAUCAUUAUAUUCAGUUAGCCAAAGAAGCCUUCGAAGCAAUCAGUUAUGACGUUUCUCAGCUGGACUUUAUCGGCACCCUGGCAGAAGAAGACUUUCCUACCUCUAAGGUGGAACAACUGGAGGAGGAUUUAAAGAAAAUGCGGGAUACCUCCACUAAGCUUGAAGAAAUUGAGAAUACCCUUAAAGAUAUCAAACAAACUCUACAAAGAGAACGAGACUCAACAGGUUCUGGGACUCCCAUAUCCUGUCUUCCAGAUAAGAAACCGCUUUUCGUUGGUCGUGAACUGGAAUGCGACGCCGUGUUAAAUCCAUUAGUUUCAGGAGACAGUCGGCUAGUCAACAUUUGGGGUCCACCAGGAUUUGGGAAAACGUCAGUGGCCAUCGAGGUAGCACAUCACUUGCGUGAGAGAAAUACUCCUACGUACUUCAUCUCUGUUCGUGGCGUGAAAAGCAAAGAGGAGAUUGUCUCAAAGUUGCUAAGCAUUUUCGCAGGCACCAAUAAACAAGCAACACACUUUUCACCCUUCCACACAGUGAUUCAAUGCCUACGAGAGUUUCGAGAUCCCUUUGUCGUGAUUUUUGAUAAUGCUGACGAUGUACUCGAAUCAGGGAAUGGGCCUCUGAGAGAUGACAUGCUCCAAGUAACACAAGAGAUCCUGGAACAGUGCAAUCUUGUUCGCCUUCUGUUCACUACGCGUGGGUCAAUGGACUAUCUGCACCAUAGUGUUGCCAUUACCGUGGUAAAAGUGGAAGAAAUGGAUGAAGUUUCCUCUUCUGAAUUAGUAAGACUCCUGUUACCAGAUGUUCAAGAUGAUGACUGCAAGAGAGUGGUGAGGGCUUGCGGCCGGGUUCCUCUUGCUAUGAAGCUGAUGUGCGGCAUCAUCAAGGAAGAAAAUUUUUCAGCCACGAAGCUGUGUAAGGAGCUAAGAAUUAUCCCAGUGGUCGCUGUCUUGGACGAUGAACGUUUACCAAAUGAUUUACGGCUGAGGAAUAUAAUUGACAAAUCCUACGAAAGACUCGCAAUAGAUGAAAGAAGGUCGUUUGUUUCGUUGGCCGUUUUUCCAGGUUUCUUUGGAAUAAAAGAGGCUACAAGCGUGCUACGUGCAAGAGACACUCGAGUUACGACUAGAUUCCUAAAGUCACUUCAACAGAAAUCUCUUAUUAAUUACCACAAUCAUCGAGAGUCAUUCUCUAUUCACCCCCUCCUUCAAUCCUUCAUUGCUGAAAAGUGCUCAAAAGACGACGAAAUCAGGAAUGCAUUCAACGAAGCACAACUUCGUUUACACGAAUACUACGUCUCCUGUUUCGCAGAAGCCAAUGAACAGUUUCUUACGGGGAAUUCUGUUGAAGCCUUUGCAGCUUUUAGAAGCCAGCAGGAUGGCAUUAUGUCAUCGCUAGCCCAUGGUACACGAAGCGAAGCACUUUAUCGACAAGUGAUAGACUCUAUUUCCACUGGAGAGCUAUUCCUUUACUCUCUACUAUGUCAUGAAGAGUUUUUAUUUCACGAUCUUUACGACACAGCAUUAAAAGAGGCGAAGAAACAGGGAAACUUGUGCGACGAAUAUGCGUUAAAAGCUGCGAAAGCAUUUGGUCACUUGGGUUGGUUUUUCGCACGUAGUCAAGUCUGGGACGAGUCAGCGCAACCCUGGACAGGGAAGAUGUUAUGCUAUCGAAGUGUCUACCAACUUCUUUGUGGCAACCUCGACGAAGGUGUAUCUUCUCUUGAGAUUGCUGUUGAUCUUUUAAGCAGCGGCAGGUGUGAUGAGCAAAUUCUCAAAAUACUCGCCAACCAUAUUUUAGCAGUUUACUACACGACGAAAGAGGAUGAGGAAAGAAUAGCAUAUUUCGAAAACCUGUGCCGCGUCGAGAGCCUUAAGUCAGAGUCGUCGAGUCGAGCGAUCCGCUACCUUUUUUCAAUGAUGAGCCACCCAGUAGAAGAAAUAGACCAAAGCGCUGAGUUGUCUAGUGUCGCUGAGCAGGAUGCAACUAUGUUUGCAUUAAUAGCAAAAUUGCUGCCGAGCUUGUACAAAGUUUUCGCUAAUCCUGAAGUCCAGAGGAAAGCAACGCUGAUGACCACCAGUUUACUAAAACAGUACGAGAUAUUGAAAAGGUUAUUUGAGAAUGGAGCUCUUCCUUUUCAAGUUUUGGAAUCUUGUUGUGAUGCUUUACGAAUCAUGAACUUUGCUAAGGAAGCGGCUCAAGGUUUCCAAGUUAUUACUGACUACCUGGACAAAGAAAAUAGAAAUAGUAGAGACGCUGCUAGAAAUUUCCAUUUUCUUGGCUUGGCGCAUGAGAAAGCGGAGAAUAGGACAGCAGCACUUGAUUGUUUUAAGAAGGCCUUAGAAAUUAGAGUGCAACUCUUAAGAGAUGAUUUUGAUUGGAGCCACAGCAGUGAUGACAAUGUGGUCGGGGAAGCUUUUGAUUCUUUGCUUGGCUGUUUGGAAAUCAGAGUGAAGAUUUCAGAAGAACUCCAAAGCCCUAAUACCUGCAGCUUAAAUGACCUCAAGCACACGUGUGAAUUUCUCGGAAGUAUUUUGAAAUCUUUAGAAAAUGUAUCCGUUGGGCUUAGCAAACUAGAAUUAGCGAGAAAUCUAGACUCACUCGGUCAUUGUCAGGUUUUAUUGAAGCACUUCCAAGGAGCAGCGGAAUCCUAUGACCUGGCUGUGCGCAAGAGAGAAGAAAAAGCCGAGGAUCAUGUUCAGACGGCUUUUAGUCUCAUGAGACUAGGUUGUGUAUUGUUCCAGUUAGGUAGGAAUACCGAGGCCGAAAAUGCUCUUCAACGCUCGUUAAAUGUACGGACAAAGUUACGGUUGGACGAUGAUUUGGAUACCGCUUCUGUUUAUUACCAAAUUGGAGAAAAUUAUCUCAUUAUGGAGAAUUUCCCAAAGGCUAGAGAUGCACAUAGCCAGGGUUUGGAAUUAAGGAUGAAACACCUAGGCGAAGAUGUCCUUACAGCAGCCAGUUUUGAACGAGUGGGGAUUACAUAUUUGAAGAUGAGUGAUUACAAAUCUGCCCUGCAACCAUUUCAGAAUGCGCUUCAGAUGAGAAAAAAUCUUCUUGAGGACCACUUAGACACUGCGUCUAGUUACCAUAACCUCUCCUUGACGUAUUUGAAAUCUGAAAAUUGUUCAGAAGCCCUUACAUUGUGCCAGCAAGCGCUGAGCAUUCGACUUGGCUUGAUACCUGGACACGAGGAGACCGCGACAUCUUUCCAUUUACAAGGAUCAAUCUAUUGCCAAAUGGGUGAUCUCUUCAUGGCUCGUGAAGCAUUUUUGUCAGCUUUAAAUCUGAGAAAGAAUAUUCUUGGUGCACAUCGGGAAACUGCACUCACCUACCACUGCCUUGGUGAGGCUCAGUAUAAAAUGGGUGAUUACAGCAAAGCACUAGACUCACUAUUGGAGGCUCAAAAGUUUAGACUUGACCUUCUGGGUGAUCAUCCCGCCACUGCCACUACAUUAGAGUUGCUUGCUCGUACGUACGAAGCAUUGGGAGCAGAACACUUGGCACAUGAUUCUCUACUAAGGGCGGGCGCAAUGAGAGAGGAACUGAGAAGAAUGACGCUCGACCCCUUAACGACUAAUGAGGAUACGUGAAUUUUGUAUUACUUUAACAAUGCAUAUUGUUAACGUUCCUACAUACAAAGGAGGCUUUUGCAGUUGCGCUCGUAGAAAUGGCACAUCAUGCUUUUAGCUGUGCCCAGAUAUUUUGAUAUUAUAUAUCUGCGGAAAUUAGGCUUGAUUUCUCUGAAUUUCUUGAUUCUCAAGCAAAAUGAAGCCAAAGCAGGGCAACUUAGGACAAAACAAGGACCAAACUCUUAUCUAGUGACUGCAGGGUUUUUUUAAAAUUAUAAUCCAACAAUGUGUCGUCAUAAAUCUUACAUAUCGUCUUAUUCUUCAAGAUCAGCCUAAAGCUCAUGUCUUUUUGCCUAUAAGAUUCGUCGGAAGGUCAGUCUAAGGAUGAGCCUGAUAAUGUUAUAUAAGCAUUGAUUAACAGCCUUACACUACAUGUAGCUUGUAAAAAGUCCACGAGAACUUCUUCCUGUACAUCGUUGUAAGAUGUGUUGAUUAUUGACAAUUAUUUCACGUAUCUGUAUUUGUAUUUUAAGUCAUCUUACAGUCAACUCUCGCCUUGCGGACACCUCGUUAUUACGGACAACCCACCACUGCGGACAACAGCCAGCCCUCCAGCGAAAUGUACAAAGAAAUGGCUGAAAUAAACUCCCGUUAGUACGGACUCUCGCUUUCAAGGUAAUGCGGACACUUUCAUGCUCUUUCCCUAGAGUUUUCCCUCUUUUUUCCUCCAAAAAUCCUGACUGACAGAAUAUAAAGCGACAUUACGAUGAAGGAAAAUAAAGAAACCAUUCUUCAAUUGGGUGCGAACAUGAGAAUUUCCUGCUUGCGGCCGGAUCUUUUUCCGGUUCGUGAGACCACGUUAGAAACUUUAUGUUUGUGUGGUUACAGUUCAAAAUGACUAAAAAUUACAAAUUACCAAAUUACAAAUUAUUUCAUUUGUUUAGAUACAAAAUAAUUUAUUUUUCUCUGGAACCCCUCUAUUGCAGACUCUCGCUAUAAUGGACACUAAAUUUCCCCCCGAGGGUGUCCGCAAUAACGGGAGUCGACUGUAUUUUAACAU